AUGGAUCCAGACGCUACCCAACCGCCGUUCACCGCCAGCACGGACACUAUACCGGAGCAAGAUGAGCCCAACUCUGCGGACCUGUCAUCCGCCUGUCAGAAAUUUGCAGAUGACGAGAUUAGCGUGAUCCGGCUGCGGCCAUCAACGCAGAAGCCGUGCAACAGCAUACCAGAUACCACCUCUUGUGCGGCAACUGCACCUCCGUCCAAAAGUUACAGUCGGCGCAGUCCAUCCAAGGGGCGGCGCAAGUCCAUCGACGGCCGGCCACUCACCCGCAGCACCACCAGGGUAUCGGUGCGCAUGAAACCCCGGUCGACUCCAGCAUCCAUGGCCACAGUCACUCCUCAGCCGGGCCCGGAAACUUCUACGGUUCCUCCCUCUGGGUCCCCAUCGUCCAGGAAAGAGCAAUCGUCGGCAUUUCCGCGAAAGGUGUCGGCUGCGUACUUGAGAGCGGUGUCUUCAUCUUCGCCGGAUCAGACGUCGACGCAGGCUUCGAACGGUCCCUCUCCCAUUGGCAGGAACAGUGGCAACCUGGGAUCGUUGAGAGGAGCAGGAGCAUUGCGUCCACGGUACUCGGUGUCGUAUCGUCUCCCCAAAGCGCCACGAGCCACGGCCACUGCUGCCGCCGCCGACAGCGCCACUGGAGCUUCAGUGGCUGAGCCUUCUGCAGAUAUGACCGUGGAAGCAGAGCACACGGAUGCUACCGCCACGAAGGACUCUGCAGGAAAGGAGGAUGGUUCUUUGCCGGCGAAGUCCACGGCACUUCUCGAUGAGGCCACGGCUCUGGCAGCAGCGUGGAGAGAGGUCCAGCGCAGAGAGCGAGACCUCAAGGUCCGCGAAGACGCGCUCAAGCUGGGCCAGAAGCGCCUCCGUCACGACCGCGAGGUGUUCGAGAGGGAAAGGCGACAGUUCCAGGAGCUGUUGAAAGCGCAGCAGCAGACAUGGACGACCACUACCACGACCACCACAACCACCACUACCACGACUUCUACUGAUGCUGCUGCUCCGGUCUCUGCUGCUACCCCUACUACCACCACCUCUGCUCCUGCUCCUAUUGCGACCCCUGCUCCUACUACGACUCCUCCAGCGACUCCUCCUAUCAGUACUUUCGCUACUGCUGCUCCUUUCGCUGACCCGGCUCCCACCACUCCCCCGGCUCCUACUGCUUCCCCCGCUCCGUUCGCAGCCUCGGAGCCCGCUACUUCGUCGGGCCCUGCCACUGGUACUACUGUCCACGACGAAGCCAACGUCCGGAAAAGACGAUCGGUGAGGCGGAGCAGAAGCAAGCCGCGGGGCAAAGUGGUCCCUGACGACAGCUGGCGCCGGGACCAUCGCCAGAAACCGGCCAAGGAGAAGCAGCAGCAGCAGCACGACUACCGCAGCGCGUCCUGGUGGUCCGUCAACGGCAGCGACACGUCGCGCCACUCGUCGGCAUCCUACCCCUCGGACGCCGACAGCAUCGCGACCGCCACCACGAGCACAUCCUCCUCAUCCUCCCCUCCCCUUCCUGCCCCCUCCAACCCCCAGACCGCACCCGCGCCCAACCCCACGCCGGCAACCGCGCGCGGCCACGUGCGAACGUGGUCCCCAGCCGACCUCAAGCCGUCGCUCGCCGCCUACAACGCGCGGUGGUCGUCGCUGGCGCCGCGGUCGGCCAGCAUCCCGUACCCGGCGCCGAACCACACGGCGGGCGAGCUGGUCGACAUGAGCCACCUGCGCUCGCUGCUGCCCAAGGGCAUGAUGGAGCGGGUCGAGGCGAUCCUGGGUGCCGCCAGCAACAACGGCAACCACGACGCCGUCGUGCAGUACAACGCCGUGCACUUCUUCCUCGUCGCGCGCGGCGUCGCGUGCCGCCCCGUCGUGCUCGACGACGCCGCGGCUGCUGACGGCUUCACGCCCGCCGCUGACGUGCUCGUGCCCGACUACGGCAUCGGUUUGCGCGGCGUGCCCGUCGACGCCAAGGUCGGCAGCGACGUGUCGCUCAGGGUGCUCGUCAGGGAGGUGCGCAGGGAGCUGAGGCGCUGGCAUGAGGACGGCUUGAAGCACCGCUGUGAGGGUGAUGGUGAGGGCGAGGGCGAGGUCGGCGAGGGGCUGGCUAAGGACGAGACGGCGAGGGCCGUCUUCAGGGCCUUUACCGAGCUGAGGGACGAGCUGUUGGCCGAGAUCCGGUGGAGGAAGGAUAUUGGUGCCGGUGGCGGUGUCGCCGCUGCAGGCGAGACGGGGAGAGAGGAGUGGGCGAGACCGGGGUCUGGUCAGGAGAAUCGGAGCGAUGGAGGAGUGGACUGGACGGUGCUAUCCGAAGCUAUGUUGUAG